AUCAGACCCUCUCCACCCUGGGCCUCCAACAUCAGACCCUCUCCACCCUGGGCCUCCAACAUCCGGCCCCUCUCCAACCUGGACUUCCAACAUCAGACCCUCUCCACCCUGGCCUCCAACAUCAGGCCCUCUCCACCCUGGCCUUCUAACAUCAGGCCCUCUCCACCUUGGGCCUCCAACAUCAGACCCUCUCCACCCUGGCCUCCAACAUCAGGCCCCUCUCCACCCUGGGCCUCCAACAUCAGGCCCUCUCCACCCUGGCCUUCUAACAUCAGGCCCUCUCCACCUUGGGCCUCCAACAUCAGACCCUCUCCACCCUGGCCUCCAACAUCAGCCCAGACCCACACUAGUGCGGCACAUUUCUGUUCAUUAUGA